AUGGAAUAUUUAAAUAAAUGGUUAUCAUCACAAUGUAAUGUAUUGGAUAUAAAUAAAUAUUUUUUUGGUAUUAGAGAUGACAAAAAACAAAAUUCAAUUAAUUAUAAAUUAAUGUCAAGUCAAUAUGGAUAUUUAAUACACCAUCAUAAAGGUGAACUACCACAAUCAAUAUUAUCGUCAUGUAGUCAUAGAACUGGAAUCCCAAUAGACUAUUUAAAAAAUAGAAUCUAUUGUGAAAUUGGUUUCUACUAUUUAAAGAUAAAAUGUGAAACUAAUAAUGCAAUUAAAUAUUUUCAAAAAGCAAUUGAUAAUCAUUCUGCUGAAGGGUUAUUUUUAUUAUCAUUAAUUUAUUGUGAUGGUGAAGAAUUUGAUAAAGCAAUUGAAUUAUGUGAAAGAUCGGCAUUGGAACCACCAAAGAUUCAAUUGUUACAUAACAAAGGUGUAAUUGCAAACUAUAGAGUCCAUGAAGCACAAUAUCACGUUGGUCAUUUAUACUCUAAAACAAAAAAAGACUAUACAAAAACAUUUAACUAUUAUUUAAUGUCUGCUGAAAAUGGUAAUACAAGAGGUGCAUACGUGACAAGUAUGAUGUAUAAAAAAGGUGUAGGUUGCCAAAGAGAUGAAGAAAAUAGUAAAAAAUAUUUACUAAAAGCAAAGGUAAAUGUUAAACAACAACAACAUCAAGAGUGA